CAUUCCCCAUUCCCAAUUCCCGCCCUCAGCAAUCAUAACAAAGGGGCAAAAUUCCCUCUUCGGCUAUUUUUUUCAUCGCUUGUUUUCAGAAGUAACAAUGGCGGAAAUCGUUGGGCAUCGUCUUUGUGUUUUCGAAUUUAAUUUUCGGGAGACGUAUUCCCCACUCGCGGCAAAUCGGAGCGUGUACAGCUGUCUACACUGUAGGAUGGCUCUCAUCCAAAAUCUGUACACACACCCUACGGUAUUGUGCGUGUACACAAAUUUGUUUGUUAUUUGAAUUUUUUUAAAUCGAAAUUAUGUCAAUCUCGCGGAAAGAAAUGCCUAGUAUUUUAUUUGGAGUAACAGUUGGUGCGGGUAGCAAAAGAGUUAAGGGUGUGAGAAGGCAACGUGAAGCGGGAGCAAGAUACGCUCGAUACACAGAACAACAGAUCGAGGUUCUUGAAAAACUUUAUGCAGAGUGCUCAAGUCCAAACCAUUUUCAGCGGGCUCAGAUCAUACGCGAAGAACCUACUCUGAGGAACAUAGACAACAAACAACUCAAAGUCUGGUUCCAAAACCGCAGAUGUCGUGAAAAGCAGAGAAAAGAAAAUUGCGAUCUUGCUUCAGAAAACAGGCGGUUGACUGCGGCAAACAAGAUGUUAAGGCAGGAGAAUGAUGGAUUGCAGAAAAAGUUAGCCCAGCUAAUAUGUGAGAAUGAGCAUUUGCGGAACCAAGUCCUCAAUUUAACUACAACAAUCACCACCUAUGACUUGGUCCAUCAGCCUGAAACCAAUAACCCUCAGAUGCCCAUUAGGAUUGCUAACAGCAACAAUGGGUAUUGUGGAGUGCCAUUAAAUUUAUACAUUAUUUAUUUUCAGUUAUCCUAUCGCUCUGAUUACUUGUUUUCUAAUUCUCGAUUAUGUAGCCUGCUCUCACUGGCUGAGGAAACCAAGAAAGAAUUCCUCUCCAAAGCUGUUGGAACUGCUAUUAACUGGAUCCCUGUUCCAUGGCUAAAGCUACGCAAUCCAGGUUCACUUGGCACUAUCUAUGUCUCAUCUAGUUGCAUUGGAGUGGCAGCCCGAGCAUUCGCUACAGUACCUUUUAAACCUAUUAAGACAAUUGAACUCCUCAAAGACCGACCCUCCUGGUCUCGACGGUGCCGUAAUAUAGAUGUUAUUGCCAAAUAUCCUGCGAACAAUGGGGGAACCAUUGAACUAAUCUAUACACAGUACUAUGCUCCCAUUAUCAUGGCUUGUGCUCGAGACUUCUGGACAUUAAGAUACACGUGCAUGUUGGGUGACGGUAGCUAUGUGGUAUGUGAGAAAUCAAUUUCUGGUUCUGAUGCUGCCCCAAGUUCACCUGCUGCCUUAGAAUUUGUGCGAGGCAGGAUGAUGGCUAGUGGCUAUUUGGUUCGCCCACGUGAUGACGGAUCAACCGUAUAUCUUGUUGACCACAUGGAUUUGGAGGCAUCAUCCAUCCCAGAGGUGGCACGACCUCUUUAUGAGUCAUCUGAACUUGUGGCCAAGAAGAUGAUUGUUUCUGCACUUCACUAUAUUGAGCACGUUGCCAAUGAAGCAAAUGACAAACAGACACAUGCUUAUCAAGAGAACCCUGCUUUUCUCAGAUCUUUCAGCCAAAGACUUAGUAGGGGCUUCAAUGAUGCCGUCAAUUGUUUCUCUGAAGAUGGAUGGACAUUGAUGAAUGGCGAUGCAUCUGAUGAUGUGAUUAUGUCCAUUAAGAGAACAACGAUUUUUGGAGCUUAUACAACUUCGGAUACUGUAAUAUGCGUGAAAGCCUCUUGUCUACUUCAUAAUAUUGUACCUGCGAGCAUGGUGCAGCUUCUGAAAGAGCGCCGUUCUGCUUGGAUGGAUUUCGACUUCUCUGAUCAUUCUGUGGCAUUUACCAAAGCCGCCUGCUUUUCAUAUCCAGGACAUAAUACCCACAAUUUAUCUGGAGCUCCUGUGCUGCUUGGCCACAAUAAUCACGAAGACGAGGCAUUGGAAGUAAUCCGAUUUGACCGCAGCGCUGACCUCCUGCUUACUGUUUCUUCAGGAGAUAUAUAUCAUUUGCAGAUGAGCAAUGGAAUGGAAGACAAUGGUUUCGGAGCUUGCUCCGAACUGAUCUUUGCACCAGUUGACAGGACAAUACCCGAUGAUGCUGUUUUAUUUGCUUCUGGAUUUCGGAUCUACUUGUUGGGUUCACAUACAGACACAAAUUCAUCAACCGAUUUGACUUCGAACGAGGCAUCGAAUACUAGGAAUGGUGCACAGGCACCCUCAAUGCUGAUUGUGGCCUUUCAAUUUCCUUUCGAAGCCCAUCUCCAGGAAGAGGUCGUUGCCAUGGCUCAACAGUAUAUCCGACAUGUGAUUUCAUCUGUGAAGAAAAUUUCUAUGGAAAUAAUGACACCAGGAUCAAAUCCCGAAAUGAACUCCACUGAAGCAAAUCCAGCUGCGGAGUUCAACAACAUCAGUUCAGAAUCAACCUAUGCCGUCAAUCUUGCGACCCUGAUAUGCCAAAGUUAUAGGUCAAGUUUAGGUGUGGACAUACUAGGCUUCAACUCCCAGAGUACCGAUUCAGCAUUUGAACAGAUACAGUUUCAUCCGUAUGCUAUAAUCUGUUUCUCAUACACGGCGGCCCCCGUGUGCCUGUACUCCAACCAAGCUGGGCUUACCAUGCUAGAGACACAUUCAGACAAUCUGCAGAAUCUGACGGUGGAUAGAGUACUCGGUGGCUCUAAUAAUAUAUCACUAUAUUCUAUGCUCCCAACUAUAAACCAGCAGGGAUAUGCUAUUUUACCACCUGGACAGUGUCUAUCGGUAAUGGACCGUUGCGUAUCGUACGGACAAGCUGUGGUGUGGCGAGUGCAUGCUCCGGAUGGUUCUAUCCAUUGCCUUGCGAUGGCGUUCGUUGAUUGGUCUUCCAUUCAAGAAAUUUGAUCUUUGUGUACUUUGCACAAAACUUUAUCAGUUUUUUUCUUUUCUUUCAUAAAAUAAUUGGAUUUUUGCUUUUCCAUCAGGACUUAUUACUCAUGACAUGGAACUUUUCUGCCAUGAAUUGCAUCAUUGAAUAUUGACUUUAAUUAAUCUUUUGUUUUUUUGGACAA